CCGGCAAGCUCGGAUAAUACAAUAGGUAUAUGUGUACAUAUAGACGCACUUCACAAUCCGAGAGUAGUCAAGAAGCAAAACCCAAAGAAAGCAGCGAACUCAACAUUAUAUGCUGUAUAUGUCAGCAUAUACUAUAUGUAUUUAUCAGCGCAUAAGUGCUUAUCUUAUUGCUCAUAUAUAAGCAGUGUACGGUAUCGAUCGGCUCGGCAGUUUGUUUCUCAUUUCUGAAUGAGUUUUUCUCUCCUCUGAGCAGCGGAUACGAUUCAGAAGUUAAUCGACGAGUCUACGCAUGAACGCCAUCCUUUGUUUAAUUGCAUCCUACUCAUAAAAACUUGGUACGGGAAAAAUCAUGGCAUAUGAGAUGAAGAAGAAGAAGCGUGAUCCAAAAUGUAUCAAUCCUAAAUUAAUUAUAGACAUUUUUAAUUCACUUAAGAUUGAAAAUCAAGAGAAACUGAAUGAAGCAGCUAAAUAUUUUGAAAGUCAAGUACAAGUUUGUAACAAUAUAAAAAAAAUUGUGACCAAACCUAAACAAUCUGGUCCUAAUAAGCAAAAGAAAUCUAAUAAAGAUAAUAAAUGUAAACUUAGUGAUUUGUAUAGACGCCAAAAGCAUAGAGCUCUUCAAGAGAUUUUGAUUGGCCCUACAUUGCACUGUCCAAUUAGUGCAGAUAAAAUUGAAAAGUAUUAUGCAGAUAUUUUGAUGGUAAAACCACAAUGUAAUAUUGAUAAUAUACCAAUGUCUUUAUGGCCAAAAAAUAAGCCAGAUGAUAUAGCAAAUUUGACUUUGACAAAGGAAUUUACACUUAAAGAAGUAAGAUCCAAAUUAUUAUCAAAAAUUCACAAUUUUUUGAGUUCUUCACGCAGUCCUGGGUUAGAUAGAAUCAAAUUUGAUCAACUUCGUUUUUAUGAUUCAGAUUGUUCUAAAAUGACAAGUCUUUUCAAUGCUUGUUUGAAACUUCAAACUGUUCCAGAAAUAUGGAUGGAAUUUUAUUCAGUUCUAGUUAAAAAAACAAAUAGUAAUUUAGACAGUGAUGAUGCAGGAAGCAAUAAUAUGGAUAAUAAGGCUUUAUUAAAUAUACAGAACUGGUACCCAGUCACCAUGGAACGAACUAUAUCAAAACUUUUUCAAAGCCUCAUUGCAGUAAGAUUAACAGCUUGGGCCAAUAAAACUGGAAGGCUUAGUGCAACUCAGAAAGGAUUUCUUGUAUACAAUGCUGCCUGUGAAAGUAGCUUUAUUUUGCAAGAAUGUAAAAAAUUUGCUGAAGAGGAAAAAAAAGAUCUAGCCAUUGCUUGGCUUGAUUUUGAAAAUGCUUCUGAAAGUAUACCACAAUCUGCUAUACUGAAUGCAUUAACUAAACACUCAGUUCCUCUUUCUAUUAUUGAAAUUAUUAGAAAGAUAUUUGAAUAUUCAAAAACAAAAUUCAGGGUAACUGAUGAUAGUUCUGAUAUUUGCUUUACCAAGCCCAUAUCAAUUUUUAAGGGUUUGCCUCCAGGUUCACCUAUCAAUCCAAUACUUCUUGAUUUGUUAAUUGAACCUAUUUUGAGAGAUUUAUCUAAUGCAGUACAUGACACUUUUGAAAUUCACAAACAAAGAAUCAAUCACUAUGCCAUUCCACAUGAACUUACUUUGAUAGCUGAUUCAUCAUGCAAGCUUCAGAAUUUAUUAAUUCUGGUAGAAAAAAAUGCAAAAUUACUAGGGUUGAAAUUUAACAUUCAUAAAUGCUCAACUUAUCAUUAUUGUGGCAAAGAGAGAAAAGUGAGAUCAAAUAAUAAGUUUGCCUUUUUUGGACAAAAAUUAAGUACCUUGCUACAAGAAAAAAUUGAAGAAUUCUUUGGAGUUAAGCAAAGUUUAUCAAUUGGUCAAAACAGUUGCCCAAGUAUUCCAGAGAUGAUUAAAAAUAUAAAAGCUAUUGAUGAAUCUUCAUUGAAAUUCUAUCAAAAAGUAGAAUCUAUUCUGAUGUAUAUUAUUCCACGCGUUGAGAAUUGCUUAAGAGGAUUGCAAGGUACAGAAACCAUAGCAUUUGGAACAGAAGAUAAAGUUACCGAUUCUCUUAAAAAAGCAGACGAACUUUUGAUGGAUAGAUUCAAAUGUUGGUUGAAUCUAUCUAAAAAUGCAAGUCCAAGAUCAAUUGUUUACCAAGUUGCAGGUACAAAACAGUCUCUGAAAGAAGAUAUGGACAAACUUAUUAAUGACUUUAGUCUUUUAUCUACCAAGCAAAAUGUGAUGGACAAAGUUCUAACUGUUAAGUAUAAUUACCUUCCAUUUAUGGAUCUAUUUUACAUCAUGAAAAUUGUACAAGCAUUUAAAAUGCUUACAUCACAAGAUAGAAUUGUUAAAGAAGUUGCUUUUGCUGCAUUAAUGGCAGAGGUAAAUAAUUUAAUACCAAAUAAAAUGAGAAUAAAGGUUAAUGAACAACAUCUUGUACAAUAUUUGUCUGGAGAUUUACACGUAAUAAACAAGAAAUCUAAUUCAUUGUGGUGCUUAGUUCGAGAAGCUUCAUUAAGACUUAAAAUAAAAUUACAAUUAAAAUGGAAGUAUAAUGAUAGAAUUCAAUUGGUGAUUAGGUUUGGAGAUGUUAAAAGGAAAAAGAUUUUUAGUGGAAAGGAUGUAAAUAGUAUGGAAGAAAAGUUGAAAAUUGCUUUAGUCGAAUAUUACAUAGAUCAAACCAUGAAAAUGGGUUCAGGUCCAGAAGAUUAUUUAAAAGCUAUCACAUAAAAUAUAAAUAAUAUAUGUUUUUUAUUAACACUAUUCAAAUUUUUUAAACGCAACUUAUGUGAGAUUACUUAUAAAAGAUAUUUUACAGUAGUAUGUGUAAUACGUAAUGUUAAAUAUUAUACUAUUAUAAUUGUCUUAAAUAAAAAUCAA